AAUUUUUGUUUUUACCAUUUUUUAUAUUGAGAAGUGCCGCUAGAUUUUUGAAAACACACUAGUUCGAACCGUUGUUUUAUGUUUUUUAAAAAAAUAUGGAAAAUAGAAAAACUUUAAUUCAUUGGUUUCGAAAAGGUUUACGUGUACAUGAUAAUCCAGGCCUUACUCGAGUAUUUGAACAAGCAAAUUCAGAUGUAAACAAAUAUGAAGUGCGGCCCAUUUUUAUACUUGAUCCUGGUAUUGUCCAGUGGUUAAAAGUGGGUGCAAAUCGUUGGAGAUUUUUACAACAAUCACUGGCUGAUUUACAUAAUCAAUUAGUGGCAUUAAAAUCACGCCUUUAUGUAGUGCGUGGUAAGCCCAAUGAAGUAUUUGAACGAAUCUUUAAGGAAUGGCAAACUGAAUUGCUAACUUUUGAAACUGACAUUGAACCUUACUCUGUAAAACGCGAUGCAGAAGUUGUAAAAUUAGCUCAUCAAUUAGGUGUACAAGUCGAUACACAUUGCUCACAUACCAUUUACAAUCCAGAAACUGUAAUUAAAAAAAAUUUAGGUACUGCGCCUUUAACAUAUCAAAAGUUUUUAAGUAUUGUUGAGAAACUGAAAACACCAAUGCCACUACCCACGCCGGUAGCAUUAACGGAACUAGUAAUACCACAGCAAGAUAAGUGGGAGCAGAAAGAUGAAAAAUGUUAUGAUUACCCAAGCAUGGAAGAGCUUGUUAAACAUCCAGAGGAAUUAGGCGAAAAUAAAUUUCUGGGAGGGGAAACUGAAGGUUUGAGACGUUUAGAGCAGUCCUUAAGUAAUGAAACAUGGGUAAUAAAUUUUGAGAAACCAAAUACAGCACCAAACUCAUUAGAACCUAGUACUACAGUACUUAGUCCAUAUUUAAAAUUUGGCUGCUUGAGCUCACGAUUAUUUUAUCAACGUCUAACAGAUAUUUUGAAAAAACACCCAAACCACUCAAAACCGCCAGUUUCAUUAAAAGGUCAAUUAAUGUGGCGCGAAUUUUUCUACACAGCAGCUACAGAUGAACCAGAUUUCGAUCGUAUGUUUGGCAACAAAUAUUGUAUUCAAAUACCGUGGGAAAUGAAUGAUGUAUAUUUGGAUGCUUGGACGCAUGCACGAACAGGCUAUCCAUUUAUUGAUGCUAUAAUGCGUCAACUAAGACAAGAAGGUUGGAUACAUCAUCUGGCAAGACAUGCUGUUGCUUGUUUUCUAACACGCGGAGAUUUGUGGAUAUCGUGGCAGUCUGGACUAAGAGUAUUUGAAGAACUUCUUCUAGAUCACGAUUGGGCAUUAAAUGCUGGUAAUUGGCUGUGGCUUUCAGCCUCAGCUUUCUUUCAUAGCUAUUUCAGAGUAUAUAGUCCUGUAGCUUUUGGUAAGAAGACCGAUCCCACUGGUAAUUAUAUUAGAAAAUAUGUGCCUGAAUUAGCUAAAUAUCCAAAUAAUUUUAUCUAUGAACCAUGGAAAGCAUCACUUUCUGCACAAAAGGAAUAUGGUUGCGUGUUAGGUGAAGACUAUCCACAUCGCAUUGUUGUGCACGAAGCAGUGUAUAAAAUAAAUGUGCAACGCAUGACCGCAGCUUAUAAGGUUAACCGAGAAGUGUGCACAGGAAAGUUUGAAAAGGAAGAAAAGAAAAGCACAGCUAAGCGUAGAAUGAAGGACAGUGAAAAAUCUUUAAGUGAAAAUAAAAAAUCUCGUAACUGAUAUACUAAGAAU